AUGCCGCCGCCUUUGGUGGUGUCGAUGGCCUCCAAGAUCGCCACCACCUCGUCCAUCUCCGGCCGGCGGUCCGGGUUCGCGUCCCAGCACCUCUUCAUCACGUUCCCCAGCGAGCUCGGGCAGCACCGAGGGAUCUCCGGCCGCAGGUUCUGACAGAAUCGAAGCAGCAAAAGGAAAAAAAGUCAACUCACCUAACAAAUCUCGAAGCAGUAUAAGAUCGCAUCUGGAAAAAAAUGGGAUUUGGAGAAGCAGGAAGGUCAACUUAUCCAAUAAUUUUUCAUAACAAAAGUCAACGCAUCUAAAAGAGCUCAGAAAAGCUCUUAAAGAUCGCAUCUAAAUAUGAGAAUUGGAAAAGCAAGAUAGGUUAAUGCAUCUAAAAAAGCUCAUAGGACUUAAAAGACUGCAUCUAAAGCAGAUAUUUGGAAACGGUGAAAAAGGUCAACGCAUCUAAAAAAUUGCAGCAGCAUAAAAAGUCAAUGCACCUAAAAAGGCUCAAAGAGCUUAAAGAUCGCAUCUAAAAAUGAAGAUUGGAGGAGCAUAAAGAGGUCAGCGCACCUGCCGGACGACGGCAGAGGAGACCUCGGCGAAGGUGAGGUCCGGGUAGGGCAUGUCGCAGCAGUAGAUCUCCCACAGGCAGAUCCCAAAGCUGUAGACGUCGCACUUCCUGUUGUAGGGGUGGCCGUUGAGCACCUGAAGGCGACCCAGAAGAGUCAACCCGCGUCAGAGACCAGAUAG